AUGGAGGUCCUGGAGCGGCCGCCGAAGAACCUCUCAGUGCCGCUUUCUGGUGGCCCCGCGUGGAACAGCAGCAACAGCACCUCCGGCUGCUUGGAGAGCGCCGACUUCCAGUACCUGCUCUUCCCCGUGGUCUACAGCCUGGUCUUCGCCUUGGGCCUGGUGGGGAACCUCUUCGUCCUGGGCUACUUCUUCCGCACCAAGUCCGCCACGGAGCCCGCCAACGUCUUUCUGGUGAACCUGGCCGCCAUCGACCUGCUCUUCGUGCUAACGCUGCCCUUCCGCAUUGCCUACCACGCGCUGCGCAACGACUGGGUCUUCGGCGAGGCGCUGUGCAAGGUCACCGGCUGCCUCUUCUUCGCCAACCUGUAUGGCAGCUCCCUCUUCCUGGCCUGCAUCUGCCUGGAGCGCUACGUGGCCGUUGUGCACCCGCUGCGCCACCUCCGGCUCCGGCAGCUGCGCUACCGGGUGGCGGCCGCCGUCGGGGUGUGGGCGGUGCUAGUCGCCGCCGUCCUGUACCUGGCGCUCCGCGGCCCGCUGACCAGCCGCUUCCCCGACGGCCGCACCGCUUGCCUGGAGAACUUCUCCUCGAGCUCCUGGCGGGGGCGCAUCUCCUCCGUCAGCCUCUUCGCCGCUGCCGUGGGCUUCCUGCUGCCGCUCUUCCUCAUCGGCAUCUGCUACCCGCUCAUUGCCUGGCGGCUGCUGGCCACUCCGGGGAUGCAGCCCGGCUCACGAGCGGUGCGGCGCAAGGCGCUGCGCACGGUGCUGGUGGUGCUGGGCGUCUUCCUGGUCUGCUUCGCGCCGUAUCACCUGGUGCAAGUGGUGCACACGUUGGGUCGCGCCGGCGUGCUGGGCGGCUGCCCGCUCAUUCGCGCCACCUACGUGGCCCGCCGGCUCACCAUGGCCCUCACCAGCCUCAACGCCUGCCUCGACCCGCUCGUCUACUACUUCGCCGCCGAGCGCUUUGCCUGGCAGCCCGGCUGGUGGAAAUACUGCUGCUGCUGCCGCCGGCUAGAAACCGCCCAGCCGUCUCUGCUGAGACUUCGCGGGCUUGUGGCCAGUAAGCAGGGAUCCUCCUCGUGGGGAGAAAGCUGCGCUCCCGGCACGGCGCAGUGAGCUCUCCAGCAGAUCGCUGAUCGUCGGAGGUGCGCGCGCCUGCCUCCUCGGGCAUUCUGGCUGCGCAUUCGUGGGAGCGAAGGAGUUCCUCAGCCUUAGACAAGCAGCCUUAGACAAGCGUCCAGCAUAUUGAGGACCAGUUAAACUGCCCUGGAGGAGGUUCCUUCGCCCUCUUCACGUUAAAGUGCUCAUUUACACACCCACAGCCUGUUCGUCGCAAGGACCGUUUAAGAGAUGGGAAUUUGGAAGGCAGAGAGAGAGAGACUUCCCCUCCCUUGAAGGGGUUUCUAGAGCUGCUGCUGCUGCGGGUGUUGGGGCUUCGCAGUUGGGACCUCUUCUGAAGUCUUUGUGGCAGGCAGACUUUAACAAGGCGCAGGUACUCCCUGCUUUCUACACACCCAUUAGAGCAAAGGUAGGCCACAGCCAGGCAGAAGAAGGGGAAGAGAGCAUCUUUUGCACGCAGAGGGGCCCAGCUUCAAUUCCUGACGUCUCCAGGAAGGGUUGAGAGAGACCGUAGGCUGAAAUCUGGAGUGCUGCUGCCAGUCAGUGCAGAGAGCAAUGAGCCAGAUGGUCUGAGUCCAAAUAAGGCAACCUUCUAUCUUGCUAAUGGAUCGAAAAAAGGAGGAGUGCUGUAUGGGCCUAUGUACCCCUUUGCCUCACACCUUUCUCAGCAUCUGAGGCAACCAUUCUGCACACACACACACACACACACACACACACAAAUGUUAUGUCUGAAUGGCCAAGUUUCCCAGGGAACAUCCCAGCAGCCCUCAUUGCCACUUGUCUGUGAGUGCAGGGGUAAUAAGUGGAAGACAGAGCCUCAUCUUGGCCAGCAAAGUGGGUGGGUGCUUCUAGGGAACAGUGUUAGUGUCAGAGUAAUGCAGUUCAGGCAAGACACAGUAUUCACAUAUUGCAAAGAAGAUGGGGAGAGGGUUACAACAUACAAUAUAGGUUGCUAUAGGCAUUGAUUCUCUUGCUCCUGCCCAAAUCUCUGUUUUUAUUCUAGAGCCAUUCCAUCACAAUACCCAAACAACAACUAGCUAAACGACAAAAUAUGUUAAAUAACUUUAUUUUGCUGGGGGGGGGGGCAGAGUAAGCGACAACACAUUCUACUGAGCAUGGAACAUGUUGGUCUGGGAAUUCCAAACCUGAAACUGUAUUACAAGGCAUUUUGGUUGAGACAUGUUAUACAGAUCAUUAGAAAUGCAAAAGACCUUCCUCUGAGUUCAGCUUGAUUCACCAUCAAGGCAUUAUUGCUUCCGAACCCAUCAAGGUCAUUGAUUUGGAAAAGUAGCCACCUUUUCCUCUGCUCUAGUGGUAUGGGGGGGGGGGAAUGGAAUGCAGGCCUAUCCCUGGCUCCCUUCCAAAAUUGUAUUGUCCAGAUAAAUACAAACAACGUGACAGAUGGACUAGCAAUAGUCUAAGGUACAUAAAAUAUUUAUUUGCUAGAGGAAGACCCACAAGAACCAUACAGGUGUGGGAUAAAUGGCAAUAUAUUCCUAUCAUUUGGUUUCAGCAUUGCAUUGGAGGGUCUGCAGUUCUGUGAUGACUGGGCUGCACAUGUGGUGGCACUGCCCAUCAGCAAAAGAAUUUUGGGAAACAUUUCCCAAGAGUUGGGGAAACUACCACCUCCCCCUUUUUUUGUUCUUGCUAGAUCUUUAACCUAAUAAAUCAUAACAAGCUAGCAUUAUAAUUUGGUGGUGGAAGCUGGUUGGGGGCAAGACACUCCUAAAAUGUCUAAAUUUAGUAAAGGGUUAGCAUUUAAGCAAACCCCCAUAAUUCCUGAAUUUAGUAAAAUGCCUAGGGGAUAAGUCAUUUAAGAAACAAAGACAGAGUGAUGGCCCAUCAAUGAAAACAAUCAACCAGGGAAGCCCUGCCCUGAGUUCUGGGUAUUUACAUGGGCAUAGCCAAGAUCACUGACCAAUCAUGUUGGUUCUGCCCCCCCACCCUGAAGAAAAAUCCUGCCCUCCCCUGACAAAAAUCCUGACUUUGCCUAUGGUUGUUGUUUAGUCAUUUAGUCAUUUAGUCAUGUCUGACUCUUCGUGACCCCAUGGGCCAGAGCAUGCCAGGCACUCCUGUUUUCCACUG